CAACCAAGAUUGCGGCCUCUGAUCCAAGAUGUCGGCCCGGAGGGGAGCAAAACAAGAACACGUACUGUCAUAAGUUCAACCCCAACUUUGAUAAUAUCUGUCUCAUUAUAAGAUAAAGCUUAAAAAUGCCCGGGAAAGUGAAGGUGCGGAUCGUAGCUGCUCGCGAUCUUCCUGUCAUGGACCGAACAAGUGAUUUGGCUGAUGCUUUUGUCGAGGUUCGACUGGGAAAUGUCAUGAACAAGACAGAGGUCUGUAAGAAGACGCUGAACCCACAGUGGGACUCUGAGUGGUUUCGAUUUGAGGUGGAUGAUGAGGAGCUGCAGGAUGAGCCCUUACAAAUAAGGAUUAUGGACUAUGAUACAGUCACAGCACAUGAUGCCAUAGGGAAGGUUAACAUCAGCCUAGGUCCCCUCCUUACGCAGGAUCCGCCAGGGUGUAUCAACGGCUGGUUUCCAAUCUAUGACACUAUGCAUGGUAUCCGUGGAGAGCUGCACAUUAUUGUGAAAGUAGAUUUCUUUGUUGAUUCAAACAAAUUCAGACAGACAUCUUGUGGUGUUCAGUUCUUUUAUACAUGCUCGAUUCCUGCGGCAUACAAAGCUCUAGCCAUGCAAGGUUUUGUUGAAGAGCUUGUUGUGAAUGACGAUCCCGAGUAUCAGUGGAUUGAUAAAAUUAGAAGACCAAGAUCUUCCAAUGAAGCAAGACAAAGAAUAUUUACCAAGUUAUCAGGGGAACUUCAAAGAAAAAUAGGCCUGAAGGUCUUGGAACUUGGAGGAAAUGCUGUUGUUGGCUAUCACCAGUGUUUUGACCUAGAGGGGGAGUACGGUAUAGUUGUAAGAGGAAUCGGCACAUCUGUCUUGCUGGCCCGUGUGCCAAACUCAAGUCCAGCCACGCCUACUAACCCUCUCAACUCAUCUGGUCACCUCGGGUCAGCAGCUCUUGUGACGGAUACUGGGUUUAUUUUCCCAGAUGUAAGUCAAUCAGCCUCUCGAAAUCAGUCUGUGAGGAGGCAGAGAAAAUCUUCUUCAGAUUCUGAUCACAACGAAGACUCACCACCUCGGGGCGAAUAUGACCCUACAAAUGAUGCAAGAGAACUCCAGCAAGCCUGCACACAACUAAUUUCUGGUGGUUUAGACAACAGUGCGGAAAGUUCCGGCAACAGCACUCCCUUUCACAUCGCUAAGUCCGUCUGGCCUCGACUGCAAAAUAAGCAAAAGAACAUAGACCAAUUGGACCUCCCAUUCUUCACAAUGACCCGUUUCCCACCAGGGUUUCUAUGCCAUCUAGGAGGAGUGGUGACAGCCAGAUCUGUUAAACUCCUUGAUACUAUCAACCAUCCAGAUGAACCCGAAACUCGUGAUGCAUGGUGGAGUGAAGUAAGGAACGAGAUCAAGUCUCAUGCACGUGCACUUGGUUGCUAUGCAGUCGUGGGUUACUAUGAGACUGCAAGUAUAAGUGAUGAACUAGUUGUUCUAUCAGCAACUGGCACAGCUGCCUGUGUGGAUCUAAAUCUAGGUGAACAAUCACAGCCCCCAGGAUUAUUAGCAACCAUGCCCAAGUCAGCACUUGGGCCAUCAUCGCCAUCAACCGACUUAGACGCUGUCAUGAAUAAUGAUGUGCCUGAUAUAUUGUCCCCUCCAGUGGCUCUUGAAGACCUGUCCACCACCCCGCCCUCCCACGGUUGUGGAGUUUGUCACAUCCCAUACUCCGACACAGAUCUCCCUUUCCCUAUUUCACUCUCUCGAUGCAAUGUAUGCAGACACCACAAAGUUCCAGAUGUGCUUUUCGCAACCAUAGAGCCACCGAUGGACACUUGUAUCACCGGCAAAGGAAGCUUGCUUCAGGCAAGAGUUUGUCGGACGAAAAAGAAAGAGAAGGGUGAAGCGAAUGCAGACAUAGUCAGCACGGUCCUGCCUUUCUUGGAGUACGAACUCCACCAGCAGUUGAUAAACAAGAUGAAAGUGAAAGGCAUGAAUGCACUGUUCGGGUUACACCUUCAGAUAUGUGUUGGGGAGACCCUUCUGAUUGGUAUUGCUUCAGCGACAGCUGUUUACCUCUCCGCCCUACCCCCGCCCCCAAUUCUCAAGGUUUCGGGAAAGAGAUCUUCUUCUGAUGAUGAUAAAAGGUUGACAGAGAUACAAAAGCAAAUCUUAGAAACUACGAACAAGAAUAAAGUUCGCUUCAAGAUCGCUGACCCUGGGUCACUUGGCCCCACUCCCCCGCCGAGCCCGACCCGUAGCCCAUCCCGCAGUCCGUCCCAGGCUACCUCGGUUUUCUCGCCUGAGUCUUCUGAGCCGCUGAACGAUCUGGACCUGACCACUGGUGGUAGGGACGCAUUUGUUGUGGAGGUUGAUGACAAAAAAGAUGAGGAUAUCGUAGCUGUGUUGCUGGAUCCACCCGCUCCCGAAGGUUUUUUCUCCUGUAACACGGAAACCUUGCCUGGGAUUUCUUGGGUCAAAACAGGGGUACAGAUGGUCACGGCAGUACAGCGUCACGCAAUCAGCGACGAGGAGAUAAGAACCAAUCAGCAGUUCGCUAAGAUGUUCGAGGACACUUUAGGGAGUUUCUGGUUCAAGUUGCGGCGGCAUACACCUUGUUGCGUUUGUAAUCUUCGCUUUGAUGUCGAAAUCCCGGAAGACGACAACAUCCAGUUCGCUGUCUCCGGCGUUGUUAUAGGCGUGGAUGAGCAAGAAUGCAAAAAGGAGCUAACAAAGAUUGAAAGAUUAGGAAUACGGAACAGCCCCAGGAAGGCGACCGACUCAGAUGAUCUGCUCUUCCCUAUAGAGGAGGUUGAUGGUAGCAAAGAGAACAUACCUCCUCCAGCUCCGUCUAUCAAACCAAAAUUGACGCUUUUGAACAAACCGCAAGUUAUAAAGCCUCCCUUAUUUCGCCCUGCCGUUGAGGUCACGCCCAUGUCGUACCUGCCAAACGCCCAAAUAGAGCGUUACCUUGGCAACGUCAAUCUAUUCUUUAUCCGCGAAAGUCUAUCCAUAAGAGAGGACGGAGGUCUGAAUGUGUUCAUGCAAGUGUUCUUGGCCGAGGCCCAAGCCAUCCUCAGGGCGCACGUCAAAGCGCUGGGAGGAAAUGCACUCGUCUCGUACCAGCUCAAUGAGAUUGUACUUCUCGACAACCCACAUAAGCACCAGGGCCAGUGCUUAUUAAAUGUGUGCGGAGACGCAGUCGAGGUUUCUUACGAAGAUGAUAGUGAGCUCGGAAACAGCUUUGGCCGCUCCUCGCCAUGCAAGACCCGAUCGAUUUCAUGCUCCGAAGUUGUGCCGAACACGCCCGUUAGGCUAGUUAGGCAACGAUCAGUCUCCGAAACUGCAGCGGACACUGAGUGAAAUAUGAGAAAUUUUACUGAAAUAGAUCGAUGAUGUGUUAUAUAGGUUUUCCUCGGAAAAAGGAUAUUUUUUAAUGAAAUUUCACAGGAAAUCAGUUAGGCUACGAUGAAGAGUAUAAAAAUACUACGUACACUCACGCUCGACCCAAAGAAGAUAGCAGCACAUGGAGAAAAUGCUAAAAUGCUAAUAAAAAGAAACAGGCAAAGCA